AUGGUCAUUGAUACGCUGAAUUUGAAUUCCACAUCUGAGAGUGUCACUGAAAGCGAAUCUAAAUGCGCUAUUGAAUUAAUAAGGGAUAAAAUUAAGUCAUCUAUUAAAAACAAUUUUAAAAAGAAUAUCGAUCCAACCGUCAACGAGCUUCUUGAUUUGGUCUCUGUGUCAUCCCAACAAUGCAAGCAAAUGCUUAUCGAAGUAAAUGAAUUGGAGCAAACGCUGUCAGAAUGCGUAAAUAUUGUCGAAGAUGCUAAGAAAAAAGUUCCCGAACAGGUUGUUCAAGUCGACGAAAAUAAUAUUCUUGAAGCUUCUAAGCAACAGAAAUUACCUCCACAUCUUGUUAAUCGACUUAUGUCUCGCUCCUCUCUCGCUAAACCUGGCGCUUCUAAUGCGAGUCAUCCUAAAUCUCCGGUCGUUCGUUAUUCUUUCGAUCCUUUCACCGUAGAGCCGCCUCCUUUGCCUCCAUAUAUCCAACCAAACACAGCUAUUCAAAUUGAUGGGAAUAUUCUAAUUCUUCCUGUACAGCCUGCUAUUAAGCUUUUAGCCUCUGCAGUUGAUGGUGGCAUAUCUAUUAGGGGCGAAUUGGAUCCGUGCUUUUCUAUUGCUGUCAUCACAGCGUCACAACUGCCCUUCAAUUUCGUCGCAGUUAAUUUGCCUCCAAACAAUGUGCACUUCUUUGUUAUUCGCGGAAUUGAUGUUUUGGGUCGCAUUGGGCCUUGGUCCAAUAUUGUUAAAGCUGUUACUUCUUAA